UUCCUCCUCUACUCAAAUCUCUCACUCUCUCCCCUCUGGCCACUCCCCCUGCACCUCCGUCUCUAAACCUCUGCAGCCAGCUUGCUCCUCAACAUCGAGAUUCCUGCUCCCGUCGGCCAAAUCUGCGGUUCUUUCAAAGCCCUGGACGCUCUGCGGCUGCGAGAGCCCAAAAAAGGGCUUCCUUUUAUCCCUCCAUCACAGUAUUCCACUGAUCCAAAGCCCCCGUAGACCUUUGGUGGAUUGGUAUUGCCUUUGAUCUCGUUGGAGAGGUCCGAGGUUCCAAUCUGACCUAAAAAGGUGAACUUUCCUUUUCGUUGAGAUUAAUGUAGGAAGCAUUGGGGCGGAAUAGAAGAAGCUGACCAACUUUAGUGGCCUGCUUAAAUUAUGAAUCUGCUCAUCGUUUUAUGUAGCCUCAGAAGAGCUCAGAAUUGGUUUGAUGCUGUCCUAGAAUUUAGCUAACAUGAAAAGACCUUCAGAGAUUUGGAGCCUUCACUCCGGCUCAACCCAAUCACCGGAGUCGGCCUUGGAUAUGGAAAGAAGUAUCUCCGGUCACCAGAACCCGCCUUCUCUCAUCUCAUCGUCGCUCCAACCUUGCGCAUCAGGAGGUCAACAUUCCGAAAGUAAUGCCGCAUAUUUCUCGUGGCCUACCUCAACUCUAAUGCAUGAUUCCGCCGAAGGCCGAGCAAAUUAUUUCGGAAACCUUCAGAAAGGAGUCUUGCCUGGUAAUCUCGGUCGCCUGCCAAAGGGCCAACAAGCGACAACAUUGCUUGAUUUAAUGACCAUAAGAGCAUUUCAUAGUAAAAUUUUGCGGCGUUACAGUCUUGGAACAGCGAUAGGUUUUCGUAUUCGACAAGGAAAGUUGACUGAAAUACCUGCAAUUCUAGUUUUUGUUGCUCGAAAAGUUCACCGGAAAUGGCUCAAGCAGAUUCAGUGUUUGCCAACUGCCCUCGAGGGACCAGGUGGUGUGUGGUGUGAUGUGGAUGUUGUAGAGUUUUCAUACUAUGGUGCGCCUGCACAGACUCCCAAAGAACAGUUGUACACGGAGCUUGUGGAUGGUUUACGUGGAAGUUAUCCAUCUAUAGGCUCUGGUUCUCAGGUGGCGAGUCAGGAGACUUACGGAACUUUGGGCGCCAUUGUUCGAAGUCGAACUGGAAAUAAGCAAAUUGGAUUUCUUACAAAUAGGCAUGUUGCAGUAGAUCUGGACUACCCCAAUCAGAAGAUGUUCCAUCCCUUGCCACCCAACCUUGGACCUGGUGUCUAUCUCGGAGCUGUAGAGAGGGCAACAUCUUUUAUCACCGAUGACCUUUGGUAUGGGAUAUAUGCCGGAACAAACCCAGAGACAUUUGUCCGAGCCGACGGCGCAUUCAUUCCAUUCGCCGAUGACUUCGACUUGUCCAACGUCACCACAUUAGUUAAUGGCGUCGGCGAGAUCGGCGAUGUUAAGGUUAUCGACUUGCAGUCUUCAAUCAAAAGUCUCAUCGGAAGACGGGUGGUGAAAGUUGGAAGAAGCUCUGGUUUGACGACUGGAACCGUCAUGGCUUAUGCUCUCGAGUAUAAUGACGAGAAGGGAAUAUGCUUCUUCACGGAUUUUCUCGUUGUUGGAGAGAAUCAUGAGACUUUUGAUCUCGAAGGCGAUAGCGGUAGCCUUAUCAUUUUAACCGGGAUGGAUGGCGAGAAGCCUCAGCCGGUAGGCAUCAUUUGGGGCGGGACGGCGAAUCGGGGGAGAUUAAAGUUACGAAGCGGUCAUGGUCCAGAGAAUUGGACCAGCGGAGUCGAUCUAGGGAGGCUUCUCGAUCUUCUAGAACUCGAUCUCAUAACAACUAAUGAAUCCCUGCAAGAAGCUCUGCAAGAUCAACGACUUGCACUGGUCGCAGCUGUAGAUUCAACGGCCGGAGAAUCAUCGCUCACGAUCGGAAACCUUCCAAAUGAUAAAAAUGAUGAUAUUUAUAAUCCUCUUGGUAUUAACAUUAUUGGUGGUUCUGCAAUUUCAGGAGUUAACAACUCCUAUAAACAAUUAGAGUUCCAUGUAGACACAGUUGAAACUGUAAAGAAUGUGGAGGAGCUACAAUUCAUCACUAACUUUAUGGGUGCUUCACCACUCCACCAGGAAGAAGGAGAUAAGCCUGAACAGAAAACUCUUUCUGCUCUCAGAAACUCAUCUGAAGAAGAUGUUUGUGUUUCGUUACAGUUAGGCGAUCGUGAACCAAAACGGCAGCGAUCCGAGCCGGCACCUCCAACCGAGUUGCCCAAAUGAAGAACUCGAGGAUUCGGCUAGCUGGUGUUUUUCGUCCCAUGAGGAAUUUUCGAUCCAUUGGGGAGGUUAUCUUGAUUUGUGGAACGAAUGGGACUGAUUUUAACAUAUGGGUCACCAUUGUGAGCUUUUUAAGCUAUCAGAGGUUAGCAAUCUAAAGUAUUUCUGUUCUUCCUGCAGUUUUAGAAGUUUCAGAAGAGAUGAGUUGAGCGAGCAUAUUAAGAUUGAAAUUCUUAGAAUUGAAUCUGUUACUAUUGCUAUCAUGAACUCAGAUUUUUGAUUUGUUAGAAGUAUUUUGCUUAAAUGGUCAGGUUGUAUUUAGGUAACCGUUUUUAUUUGAAUUUGA